CGGCAGAAGGCGGAAAUGCCCGAGUGGUGGCGGAAAGACCCGAGCGCUGCCAAGAUGGAGGCAGCCGAGCCCUGCGGCCUGUGCCUGCAGGAGCGGGCCCCCUACACGUGCCCCCGCUGUAACAUGCGUUUCUGUUCGGUGCCCUGUUACCGGGGCCACGGGGCCUGCGCCGAGGCUUUCCACCGCCGGCAGCUGCUGCUCCGGCUCCAGGGCCAGCGGGGGGACCCGGCCUCCCGAACCCGCCUGAAAGAGGCGCUACUCCGGCUGCGGGAGCUACGCGAGCUCGAGGACGCGGAGCCCCAGCUAGGCCGCGACCUGGAGGACCAGGACGACGGUCUGUGGGAGCGGCUCAGUCCGGCCGAAAAGGCCGCCUUUCAGCGCCUGCUGAGCAGCGGGGAGAUUGGAACCUUCCUGCCCCCCUGGAGGCCCUGGUGGCGGGGAUGGGGCCGGGGGCUGGUCCAGGAGCUGGGGGGUACUGAGGGUGCCCAGGAAGCUGGGGAUACCCAGCCCCCUGCAGGCACCCAGAAGCCAGAGCAGAAGAUCCCAGACUCAGCACCUAUCCACCAGCCACCGGUACCCCAAGGUGCUUACCCCCCCACGGGCAUCCGGCAGCCAGAGGAGAGCUCAGGCAUGGCACCCACCCAGCAGCCUGAAGAAAUGCCAAGCCCAGUGCCUGCUGUGCCUGCAUCCAUUCCACCACUGAGCUCCCUGACCUGCAGCCCAGCCUCACCCCUGGUGUGCUUCCAGCUGCCUAAUGUCCUCUAUGCCUACGUCUUCGCCCUCACCCUCUACAAUGGGGACUUGAGUGAAGAUGAGCUGCUGCCUGAGUUCUCUGACGUGGUCCUGGAUGUCUGCGGGGCAUUGGGUGCCAGGCAGGUCUUCCGCUCCACAGCAGAGGCGCUGCAGGCUGCUCUCCAGGCAGUGACAGCCAGCCGGUACCCCGAGUGCCCCCUGGGGAAUGCAGGUGCUAUGAUGGCAGUGGCCCAGAUCCUGAUGGGGGAGAAUCAAACCAAACAGAAAGGCUACAGCUUGGCAGCCCUCUCCCAUCUUGCCAGGCUGCUGGGCAAGGCCAAGAAACUGGUGCCAACAGAGGAGCGGCCCAGGGUGUAUGGUGCCAAGAAGAAGUGUGAAUUUCUGCUCUCCUGGGUCAAUGAGAACCAGGAAUCUUUGACUGGCCUGGCCCUAGAGGUACAAAGGGAAUAUAAAACCCAUUUGGAGGCAGUCAAAGAGGUGGAUGUAGUUACCAAAGAACUGCAGAAGAUGUGGGGUGGGAAACUGCCCCCUGCAAAAAAGCCAUUGAUUGAGGAGUUGGACUGAUGGCUGGAACUUAGUCACCCCUAAAACCAUCCACACUUAAAAUAUUGGGGGAUUUUAGUGGAAUUGGACCCAUUUAGAGACUGGAUUAUUUUUUUUAAGUGGGGAAAAGUGAAUGAACCCUCUCUUGGUCAAUAGCUGUUUUGGAUAAAUCCACUACACUGAGUCUUGGCACAAAUGUUGAUUUGGUUUCUAGGGAGUUGACCUGUUGCAAUAAAAAGAGCAAAGCAGCUGGCUGUGUACAUUCCUGUCUUCCAUUCAGCGGGACCCUUGGUGUGUCCCAUUCACUUAAAGCAUUUGCUGUUACUUUGGUGGUUUCAAAGUUGGUGUGUUUUCCACUGGUGCUGCAGAAACUGCUAGCUGGUCACAGCAUGGGACUCUGUGUUUUGUAUCCCACCUCAUACAGAUUUUUGCAGAAAUCAUCAAUAAAAGGACAGCUAGACACCCUCAUAGCUAGAGUUGCUGUCAACUAGAAAACGAGCAUUUUAAGGACAAACAUACUCUGCAUCCUUACAGCUGUUAUAAACCACUGUCAAAUUAACAGCAGUAACAGAACGUGAAAAGUCUUUGCUUUCCUGUGCAUUAAUAUGGGAGCUGUAUUCCCCCAAAAGUCCCAAUCUCCAUCAUUAGACUGGAGCUUCAGCUGGAAAUAACUAAAAAGACAGCUCCUGUUGAGAGAGAGAGAGAGAGGCCAGACCCAUUCACAGCUCAGGAGAGAGUGAGAGACAGUGGCAGGAGAGAGAGUGAAUGAGUAUCAGGUAUUUUUAAAAUCUGAUAUUUUAAUGUACAUAGUCUUAUCUAGUUAAUGUUUAUUUAGCUCUCUAAACUAUUCUAACUGAUCACUGUGGUAGGAAUAUAAGAAUAGCUGGCCUGGAUGAGACCCAUGGUCCAUCUAGUUCAGUAUCCUAUCUGUGACUGUGGCCUGCCCCAAAUGCUUCAGAGGAAGGUGUAAGAACCCCACGGUAGGCAGAUGUAGUGUAAUCUGCUCCUGCAGCUCUGUAGGAGUUAGAUUGGCAUUAAGACCUGAAUAGCAAGGUUUAAUAUUCCUUCCAUAAUGUUGUCUUGAAUUAUGUCAACUGGAUAUUCUUGAUAUCCAUAUA